CAUUUUGGGUAAAUGUGUCAUGGCGCCACGCAUGGUGGCGUUAAAGUGUUAUCUGAAUAUAACGCCGUGCACUUUCUCUCCUGCCGGUGUAAUAUUCUGCUUUAAUGAUUUGGUGGUGCGUCGAGAGUCAGUGUCAAUAAAACAGCAGUGAGCUAUGAUGAGCAUGAAGGUUCUCCUCCGGUUGGAGCUUCUGCUCUGCCCCAGCCGCGCCCUCUGCCGGCUACGUGCCCUGCCCUUCACGGAGGUACAGAGGAUGAUCUGGAGGGCCUCCUCCUGCAGCCUGACCUCCCUCAGACCCCCUCUGUGCUCCUUGCUCAGCCCCAGCCUUGCUGCGCCUGCAUACGCCUACCCCCACCCCCACGCUCGCCUCCUGGCCACCAAGCCUGCCAAAGGACAUGGAAAGGUCUCAAAACCAAAACCGAAGCAGGAGCAGCAGGAGGUGGAGAUCAAGAAGAGCAUGACGCUGGUCGAGCUGGCGGGGGCCAUGAAGAGGGACAUAGAUCAUGUAUAUGAAGCUCUUCUGCACACCUCCAUCGACGUGGACUCGCUGGAACCCGACUCUGUACUGGAGGAGAAGUGGAUAAAGGAGGUGGUCAAAAUGUCCGGCAUGAAGUUCAAAUGGGCGACGCUGACGGUGGACAGAGACCGGGAAAACAAGGACGUGGAAAGACAACCCCUCCCCGACCCCGCAGUAUUGGUGUCCCGCCCCCCCGUCGUCACCAUCAUGGGCCACGUGGAUCAUGGGAAAACGACUCUGCUGGACAGUCUGAGGAAGAGUCAGCUGGCGGCCAUGGAGGCUGGAGGGAUCACCCAGCACAUCGGGGCGUUCCUGGUCCAGCUUCCCUCUGGGGAGAAGAUCACGUUUUUGGACACGCCCGGACACGCGGCCUUCUCCGCCAUGCGGGCUCGCGGGGCCCUCGUCACCGACAUCGUCAUCCUGGUGGUGGCAGCGGAUGACGGUGUCAUGCGGCAGACUGUGGAGUCCAUCCAGCACGCUAAGAAGGCGGGAGUGCCCAUCAUAGUGGCUGUGAACAAGUGUGACAAGAAGGAUGCCGACCCCGAGCGCGUGAAACGCGAGCUGCUGACCCACGGCGUGGUGUGCGAGGAGCUUGGGGGGGACGUGCAGGCCAUCCACGUGUCCGCCCUCAAGGGGGAGAACCUACUGGAACUGGCAGAGGCCACCGUCACCCUGGCAGAGGUGCUGGAGCUGAAGGCUGAUCCCACAAGCCUUGUGGAGGGCACCAUCAUCGAGAGCCGAACCGACAAGGGCAAGGGCCCUGUUACCACGGCAAUCGUGCAGCGUGGCACCCUGAGGAAGGGCUGCGUUCUGGUGGCAGGGGCCACUUGGGCCAAAGUGCGCUUCUUGUACGAUGAGAAUGGCCGGGUGGUAAGCGAGGCCGGGCCCAGCGUCGCCGUGGAGAUCGUGGGCUGGAAGGAGCUGCCCACAGCGGGGGAGGAGAUCCUAGAGGUGGACUCUGAGCAAAGGGCACGCGAGGCGGUGGAGUGGCGCAGCUUCCAGGAGAACCAGGAGAAGCUGCAGGAGGACAAACAGGUGAUCGAGAGCAAGCAGCAGCAGCACGACGAGGCCUACCAGAAGGAGCGCCAAGCCACGGCCCACUUGUCCUGGAGGCAGAGGAAGAUCGCCAUGUACAAGGCCAACAAGCACCUGAUGAGCUCGCGGCCCAGCGAGAAGGCCGGAGGCGCGGACCUCUCCCUGCCCAUCAUUGUCAAAGGUGAUGUGGAUGGUUCUGUGGAGGCCAUCAUGAACAUCCUGCAGAGCUAUGACGCCGCAGAGCAGUGUCAGCUGGAUGUGGUGCACUUCGGGGUGGGAGACGUCUCUGAAAAUGACCUCACCUUGGCCGAGACCUUCUCAGGUGUUAUUUAUGGCUUCAAUGUGAAGGCCAACAAGUCUAUUCAGCAGAAAGCCUCCAAGCAGGGAAUUCAGAUCAAGCUCCAUAAGAUCAUCUACAAGCUCAUUGACGACCUCAAGGAUGAGCUGAGCAACAGGCUACCUCCAACCGUGAAGCAGAGUGUCAUUGGAGAGGCUACAGUGCUGGCUGCUUUUGAGGUGACCAUGGGUAAGAAGAAGGUUCCAGUCAUGGGUUGUAGGGUCAAAAAGGGUGAACUGGACCGCAAGAAGAGGUUUAGGCUCGUCCGUAACACUGAGAUCCUCUGGGAAGGUUCACUGACAUCCAUGAAGCACCUGAAGAAUGACGUGCAGACAGUGAAGAACGGGAUGGAAUGUGGGCUGUCCUUGGAUAAGAAUGUGGACUUCCAGCCUGGGGAUGAGCUGCUGUGUAUUGAAGAUGUGAAGGUAGAACAGAAAAUUUCCUGGGAUCCAGGAUUCUAGAGGGAUGUGGAGGUUGAACGAGCAAGAAUCCCUCAAUGGAUGUUCAAUGUUGUAAAAAGUGUGAUGUACUGAAAUUAUUUAAAAUCACUUUUAAUUAAAAUGGAAUCAAGCUGUCAA